AUGCCCGUCUUCUCGUGGGUCGCCGGUUUCGGUGCGGUGGGCUUCAUCACUCGGAUGUACGCCCUCGGUAUUCAGAAGCGUCCCCUCUUUGACAACCUCGGCGGUCACGCUCUCUCAACACUGGCUUGGGGCGGCUUCGGCUACUGGGCAUACUACGCAAACGAGCGCAAUGUCGCGCAGAUCGAGCAGCGGAAGCAACAGAUGGCGCGUAUUCGGGCACGGGAGGAGUUGCCGUCGGGCGACAAGGCCGAGGCGGGUCACCACUAG